AUGGCCGCGGAUUUCAAAACUGCUGAGCCUUUGGAAUACUAUAGACAAUUUCUGAAAGAAAACAUCAGACCUGAUGGUCGAGGAUUUCACGAAUUUAGAGAAACGACAUUGAAUAUUGGUUCAAUAUCUACUGCUGAAGGGUCUGCACUUGUAAAACUUGGAAAUACAACUGUUGUUUGUGGAGUGAAAGCUGAACUUGCAGAACCUAAAUUAGAUAGUCCAAAACAAGGAUAUAUAGUUCCCAAUAUAGAUCURCCACCUCUUUGUUCGCCUCAUUUCCGACCAGGACCUCCUAAUGAGCARGCACAAGUACUUAAUCAGUUUUUUGCUGACAUUAUUACAAAUUCACAGAUGAUUAAUUUAGCAGACCUUUGUAUAGUUGAAGCAAAAUUAGUUUGGGCUUUGUAUGUUGACAUGAUCUGUCUUGAUUAUGAUGGCAAUGUCACCGAUGCAUGUAUGGUUGCAAUGUUAGCAGCAUUAAAGAACACUAGAUUAUAUGACAUUACCAUUAAUGAAGAGACAGAGACUCCAGAGCCAUCAAAGACGAGAGAUAUUGCGCUGACUCUCAAAUCAGAACCAGUUGCAUCCACUUUUGGGAUUUUUGAUGAUACUCAUCUUUAUGCUGAUCCAACUGAUGAAGAAGAAAAAAUAUCAACAGGAACAGUAACUGUUGUGGUAACAAAAGAUGAAAAACUUAUCUCUGUACAUAAACCAGGAUGCUCUCCAAUGUCCAAUGACAAACUCCAAGAAUGCUUCAAACAAGCCAUUGUACGAGCAAGAGAAGUGCACAAUCUGAUAGAGACAGCAUUUACACAGAUAGACAGGUGACAGAAAUAGUCUACCAUUAAAUUAAUCAGGACAUUGUAGAUAAUACAAGCUAAUCUGCAAACGCUAACACCAGACAGAGAUAGAACUGAUAGAAAAUUUCCCACACAAAUCUCUGUGUUCUCACACAUAUUUAUAUGAUCUUGAGCCAAAAGCUGCAACAUGAUUGGCAUCAAAUAACUAUCUAAGUGGUCCUGGUUGGAGUGCCCUCACAGUAGGUAUGUGUUCURRUACUUAAACACAGACAAACACACCAAUUCGAAGUUAGAUAGCACACAGAAGCGUCUCGGAGAUAACUCGCAUUAAGUCUUACCAAACAUAAGACAAAAGAGGCUGAAGAAUUUGAAUAUUUUAAUAAAAACAGUAUCUGAUUAGUUAUACAUUAAA